GGUCGAACGAUGUUCGCUCGGAUCCUCGCCGGCGCUGGACUUCUGGGUGGUGGCUGCUGCGCCGCUACCUUUGCGUCCGUUAGGGAAGAGCCGAAAGAGAACAGGUCGCCGUACAGAUCCUGGAGCACCGUCUACCAGCGUUCCACUUACUGGGACAGCAACUGGGACAGGCGCGACCCCAUGUUCUGCGUGAAGCCACCGGAGGACGACUCGCCGGCGGAGAUGCUUCGUUUCGAGGAAGAACUGAACAAAGCCAAGCCGAAGCGAAAUCGGUAUCUCUACUUGGUUCGCCAUGGGCAAUUCAAUGUGAAAGGAACCACGGACAAGGAGUGCGCGCUUACAGAACUCGGUCGCAAGCAGGCGGACAUGACUGGUGAGCGGUUGAAGCAGAUGGGCAUUCCUUUCACGAGGAUUAUCCACUCGACGAUGUGUCGAGCCACCGAGACGGCCGAAAUCAUCCACCAACACCUUCCGUCGCUUUCUAAGGAGCCCUGCGAGCUCAUCUGCGAGGGGGCGCCAGUGCCACCCGAGCCGCCCUUUCGGUACACUGGUUGGAAUCCGAGUGACAGAAAUUUUUUCGUAGAGGGCGCCCGCAUCGAAGCUGGCUUCCGCAAGUACUUCCACCGGGCUCUUCCCACUCAGAAGGACGACUCGCACGAGAUCAUCGUGUGCCACACGAACGUGAUUCGCUACUGGGUGUGCAGGGCCCUUCAACUCCCACCCGAAGCCUGGUUGCGCCUGUCAUUGCCCCACUGCAGCACGUCGGUCGUGAAAAUCACGCCGAUAGGGGACGUUUCUCUGCAGGCACUCGGGUGCGUUGGACACAUGCCCAUGGAGAUGAUCACAAAGUGACGCUUUCCCG